UUUAGACGGGUGCUUUCCCAAUGAAGUGGACCACCCAAUUCGAAAAGAUAAUUAUUUCAUUUUCUGCAGACCAUUUUUAACCAUUAGACAUGUGACCACAAAACUCUGUCAAAAACCGAAAAAUAAAAUACUUUCUUUUUCACUCAUCCUAUUGCUCUCUCUCUGUUUCUCACUACUCUCACUAGACUCCUCCAUAGCUAAGCUCCACCUACUAGAUUAGCCUCCACGCGCUUUUAUAUUACUUCUGCCACAGUGGCAAAUCCACCUUCUUCCCUCUCAUGGCCACCACCACCACAACCAUCAUCAUCUUCAACACCUUUCGCCGCCGUCUCAAUCCCACCUGAUUCCGCCGUUGGAAUCAGUACUCCAGACUACAUGUUAGGUCUUCGAAACAUCAUUCUCUUACCUCCACCACCGCAGAUAACAACACGGCUGUCUCCUUCUCCGGUAAACAUAGCGGCGGUGGAAGACAACAACACAGUUGGAGAAAAAGUAUGCAGAGACUGUGGAAACAGAGCAAAGAAAGAGUGUUUGUUCGAAAGGUGUAGAACUUGUUGUAAAAGCCGAGGAUACAACUGUGUCACUCACGUGAAGAGCACGUGGAUUCCUUCUUCUGCAACUCGUUCUUCAUCUUCUCCUUCUGAGAGGAAGAAGAAGCUCAAACUCGAUAAACAGAGUUCCGCUAAUGUCUCGCUGCUUCCGACAACCACUUCUCGCCAAGAGAGAAGCUUCAAAGAGGGGUUACCGGGGAAAAUUGAAGCUCCGGCGGUUUUUAAACGGACAAGAGUAACAGCGAUAAGCAACAACGAGCAAGCAGAGAUUGGUUAUCAAGCAACUGUAACCAUAAGUGGUCAUGUCUUCAAAGGCUUUCUUCAUUACUAUGGUGUUGAUCAUAACAAAGCUUUUCCAUGUCUUUCUCAAAAAUGAUGAAAACUACUUCAUAGGAUUCUGUAUAUAGUUUCUCUGUUUUUGUCUUUUUAUUAACUAUGUGGAUUCUAUAUUCGACAUUAAGGGACAGAUACAUUAAUGGGCCAUUCCAUUCUUAAAGCUUGUCUUCUUUUUAUGUAUACAAAGAAAUAGAUCAAUUAAUACAUGUUUUUG